AUGCCGCCGUCCGAGGCCCGCCGGCUCUUGGAAUCGCCCCAAUCCACAACGGCGGAGCCCGCUACGGGACCCAUUGUUAUGGAUUUUCCGAGCAGUAGUGGCCACAGCAAUGGCGACUUGUCCUCCUCCACAGCCUCUAGCAGCGCUUCUCCAUUCUCCCCGCUCACAAGUUCAACGCCGCCAACGUCUCUCUCAACAGCUUCUCGCGGCCCUGGUCCCGUCACCAUCAGCCCGCCAACACCGUCCGAGGUUUCAACAGAUCCAGCGGGAAAUAGCCAGGCUGAAUACUUCCCGCCGAAACACGUCCAACACGAUGGGGCGCCUCACGAAAGCCAAGAUGAAAUGGAAGCUUUAUGGACUGAAUACUUCAAAGACAAGAGAGGCGAAGUGAAGAAAUGGAUCGAGAAAGUCGAAAAGGAUAAGGAAGGUAAAAUCCGCCGAACUGUAAAAUGGGUGACGGGCAACAAGAAGAAGGGAUUCAACAUUGAUAUUGAAGAAGUUCUCGACUUGAUGGGACAUCCUGAGAAAUUUCAAAGUCACAUGGAGGACAUGAUCAAGUCGAUCUACGACCCGGAUGAAAAAGAUGUUGAGUCUGCUUCCGGAGCCAUGAGAAGAGUGAGGAGAUGCGGUCUUGGGAUAUUUAUCCCCCAGGGCGAGUCACGCCAGUUCCUUCGGGAGGUGAUCGAAGACACUAUCGAUGCCGGCGAAACGCUUCCAAUGGUCGUUCGACUAGUCUGCAGGAGGGCGAACCACAAUAUGAAUCUAGGGCUCGAUUCGACGAAGGAGGACUUCCGUAAUAAAGGGAAGAUUUUCAAGGACAAAAGGCGAGAUCUUGAAUAUAGACUGGGCUGGAACUACCGCGAAAUCUUAUCUGAUCUCGUUCAUGAGAUCCGUGAUUUGCUACAGAUAUAUGAGCAAGCAUCGGAACAGCGUUUUAACGAGAUUCUCCACGCAUUGGGGACGCGAAGACCCGAAAGUAAACAAUGGCCGCCAAUACCCACCGUCCCACUUCCGGUUCGCGUCCGGCUUCUGCCGGACAACAAGAACUUCAUUGAGGUCGCCCUCCGGUUUGCCUACAGCUCAGCCGAGCGUUGGCACGCCGGCAUCUUCUGGGUCACGGCCGACAUCACCCAGGAGGCGCAGCUCAACCGCGCGUAUUGCGACAUUGGCCGAAAGCUAGGCAUAUUGAGUGCUGAUGAAGACGAUGACCGGCAGGUCGAAACGGUCAAGGGCUGGUUCGAAACUACCGACAAGCGGUGGCUACUCAUCUUCGAUGGAUUUCAGAGUGACUAUACUCCCUCCGUCACCCAGGAUAAAAUGGACCGGCUAUGGCCGUCUCGAGCGAGCACUUCUGGUUGCGCAAUCCUCAUGACGUCUCAGAGUGAAGUGCCACAGAAUUAUGCGGCAAAGACGAUUACGAUGGAGCCAAUGACAAAAGAGGAUGCGCUUAACCUCCUUCUCGUUCCGAAUGAAGAAGAUUCCACUGAGCCUCAAUAUGACGGGUUUACACGGAGUAUAGCAGCAGAGAUAUGUCGUGAGCUGGGUUACUCGCCUCUCAAUCUGUGGCUCGCUCGCGGAUAUAUCCUCCUAUCGAGUAUGACGUGGAAGGAGUAUCUUGAAGAGUUUCGAGCAACCUACUCUCUUCCUGCGUCCGACGUGGUGGGUGGGUGGUUUGGUGAGAGGUAUGAUAAAAAGUCCCGGGCGGCUCUCGACUUGAACCUAAAGUUGGUCGUCCGAUGGAAGGAGCAGGCCCGGCAAUUUUUGAAUUUUCUUGCUUUCAUGAACCCCGAAGACAUUAGCGACACUUUACUCCAUGUAAAGGGCAUACCCAAGGUUGAGAGGAUAAAUGCUCAAAAGGCCUAUAACGACUAUAUGGUCAUUCUUAGGCAAUGUGGAUUAAUUACGAUCAUCCCUGGACCUCCUGGAGGCGAAAGAAAAAGUCUUCGCAUCCACCGCGCUGUGCAACUCAUACUUCAUGAUAAAAUGAGGGAGGGCGGGCAUAUGGAAGCUGCCGUCGAUACGGUGACCCGCGAGGAUACCGACGCUGCUUUUAAUCAGGUGAUUCGUACCCUCCGAUCCCACUACCCGGAACCCUCCGAGCUGCAAAUAGCCGACGCCGGGAUAGCCACCGACUUAUUGCUCGUGCUACCCCAUGUUAUGACCAUCCGGCGGUGCCUCGAGACCAAUAUUGUAACGGGGAAUAGCGCUGUUGCUAAGCUCCUGAGCGACGUUGGCGGCAUGGACUGCUACGACCGCGGUCUCAUAAAAGAGGCGUACGAGUUGAAUGAGGUUGUCCGCAAUAUAUUGGAGAAACGUACCGAAGAGGGUACGAAGCGACUUCUCAGCAACGCUCUCACCAUCCAGGGCCUAUGCACUGACUUUAUGGCGUUGAGCAAGCGAGCCGAGGGUCUGAAGCUGCGCAGAGAAUGCCUUCAAAUCCGCCACUCGCUUUUCAACAAGCUCCCGCUCGGGGAAAGAAACAAGAAACAGACUAUCCGUCUCUAUAAUUCUCACACCGACCUUGUCUGUAGCCUACAGCAGAUCAACGACUUCGCCGGAGUUACCAAGCACCUCGAGAUAUGUUUUGACAAGUACAAGGAACUCGGCCCCGAAACAAAGGAGCCCUACGAAUACUCAAAGUACUAUAAUCAAAUGGCCUACAUCCACCUUUAUGACGGGAAACCCGACGAGGCGAUCAAGUCCGCUGAAAGGGGCUACGAACUUGCGGAAAAGGCGGCGCCGGGGACCAACUACCCCUAUCUCUAUCGGUUCGACUACGUCAACAUUCUAUUUCAGCACGGCGACCAUAAAGAGAAAGCCUUUGAACUCCUUCAGGAAGUGAUUAAGUCCCACUCAGAAGGCCAAUCGCUGGUGUAUUCUGAGAUUUUGGCGUCCGGCAUGAAGCAAAACCUCGGGAUCAUGGCUCACCUGCUCGGUGACCACACGAAUGCACGGGAGAUAUUGGAGGAUAUGACCUCUCGAAACUCAUAUAACCAUGCCUGGCCAGAGGAGAAUGUUGUCAGGGGCAAGUAUUACUUGUCCCAGGCGCUCAAGGCAAUGAACGAUUCGACGGCGGCAGCAAUGGAAAGGCAGGCUAUGGACGACCUGGCUAGAUUUCUUCAGCAGGUGCAGCCUACAGAGAAAUGGAUUGAGACAGCAAAGGAAAAGGGAGAGUACGAUAUUCUCUUCGACUACCUUGUACAUUGGGAAUUUCGGCUCGUCACACCACGGAAACCAUCACUAGAAGGAGCCUUCGCGCCCGGAAGCAGCGCCUCAGUGGCAGACCUGGGACUAGAUUCCGUACCCCAAGCCGACGAAGUGGGCUCUAAAGUCGACAUCAUCGACUCCCGCCAUCCGAGCGAGGAGUUGCCGGCAUCUUCAAACAACUCGACUCUCGCAUCAAGGCAGCCAUCUCCCACUCUGCACCCAAACGUUCCCGCCGAAGGGCUCCGACCAGUAGAAUCUUCCCCUCCGCCUCGGCCAAGGGCCGGCCCAACGACGUAA